AUGGCGGGCGAACAGAGUGGAAAAUUUAGGACUAUUCACGUAGUUUUACAAGAAGUUGUUUGCCAUAAUGCUGGAAAUGAUGGGAAAAGCGAUGGGGCGAGGAAGAUAAGGGAUGCCUUGUGCACAGUGGCCGUAGAAUCGGAGCUGGACUCCGACAGAAAGUCGUUCUGCCGAUCUCUCAGUUGGCAUAGUAAUAAAAUGGCAUGCUGCGGAAAUUUUGGCUAGCUCCGCAAUGCCCUGCAUUGUUUCGGCAUGAAUCGAGAUUAUGGCUGUCAGCAAUAAGUCGUCGACUCAGCGGAAAGCGGAGUAUUAGACAAUAUCGAGAUAUAAAGAUAUUCCCUUAGCUAUUUUCCAUGCUGGGAUCAGAGAUUGGUGAAAACCAUUCCUGAGUAUUGUGAGCCUUUUUGCUUCCUUGCAUGGGAAAAACAAAAAUAAUUAUUUAUAAACAGUAAGAUUUCUCUUACUUUUAUACAGCAAUGCUCUAAAAUCAGUAAAAUGUAAAUACAGCAAGUAAAAUAUUGUUGCAUUUCAGAGCAUUGCCCUUUUAAGCAAGAUAUGAUCACCACCAUCUACAUAUAACUACAGUAUAUUUUUACUUUCACCCAUCUCAAUACACCCUUCAGGUAAUUAAAUCACAGAUACCCCUCUGGUCUAGAAGCCGCACUCUCAUAACAAAAUAAAUUCAUGAACAAAAGGUUUCCUGAACAAGGAAGGAGUUGUGACAUAAAUAUCAAAAGAUUGUAUUCCAAGGAAGACAAAUUUUCAAGGAAUAUCUUGAUUUAUUUCACUAUAAAACAGCAUUCUACAAUAUGGAAUGAACUAGGAAAUGUUUCUUUUUCUCACCUGCAAUAUUGAUUUCAUUUCUCAUGACAAAAACAUUUGCCAGAAAUGAUUUAUAGCAUACCACCUGCUGACAGCCAUAAUCAUGUCACAUGUUGCAACAGUGCUAAGACACUGAAUGUCAUGACAACAACAUGGCUGGGAAUAUGUUUGAAUCUAUUCAUUUCUAAAAACUAGACCCUUAUUUCACACAUUGGACACAGUUUCUUUUUUGAAUGAUUUUAUUCAUUGUUAGUGGGAUAUAGAUAAAUAUGUAGACCACUGUUUGUUUAUGAUGGUCCUCUUGCUUGAUCGCAGUGGGAAUCGAACCCACGACUUUUGGUUUUCUUACCGACUUGACCCUGUACGUACAUGUAUGGCCCAGUUGGUAGAGCAUUGGACUAGCAAACCAAAGGUCACAGGUUCAAUUCUCACCGCUGUCAAGCAAACUCUUCUGCUUGCCCGGUGUGAACACACGCAAACUAGCAUCAGUACCAGUGUAUGCGACACCUUAUAAUAAUACAAUGUUCUAUCUAUCAGGAUACUAGCAUGUGUAUAGUUUAUUUCUAUUAAUAUUUUUCACACUGAGAACAAUAAAAUGGUGAUAUUGCAUUAUUUGAUGAUUGUAGUUUGAUAUCUGAACAGCCAAAUCAUUCUUGCAUUCCCGGGUAUAUUCCUGCAAAAACAUGCAAUAAUUAUAAACAAUAAUUAUACAUAUUCUACAAUAAUUAUAAGCCCAAUGCCCGACCCCAUCACUCCGUCUCCCUGUCAGGCGCACAAAUCACCAUAAAUUUGUUGUCUUGGUGCACAAACCCUAAUAAUUCAGGGAUCCCUCAGAAAACCUCAUACCAAUAGCAUGCUGUUUAGAAUUAUUUCCUAUAUUAGACAACCCUUUGGAUAAAUUUUUAUCCAAAAUUUUAAUAAUACACCCUUUCCAUAAUUACGUCAUUUGGCCUGGGAGCCUUGCACUCAUAAAUCUAGAUCCAGGGCUCCAAGAGCAAAAAGUAUGUGUGACGUAAAUAUCGAAAGGGUGUAUUUACAGCUUACCCUUAAGAAUUUGGUUAAAAUUCAGGCAAUCCCUCAGAAAACCUCAUCCCCAAUAGCAUGCUGUUCAGAAUUAUUUCCUAUUUUAAUCAACCCUUCGGAUAAGUUUUUAUCAAAAAAUUUGAUAAUACAUCCUUUCAAUAAUUACAUCAUUUGACCUGGGACCCUUGCACUCAUGAAUUGUGAGCUGGGACUCCAAGAGCAAAAAGUAUGUGUGACGUAAUAAUCGAAAGGGUGUAUUUACAGGUUACCCUCAAGAAUUUGGUUAAAAUUCAGGCAAUUCCUCAGAAAACCUCAUCCCCAAUAGCAAGCUGUUCAGAAUUAUUUCCUAUUUUAAACAACCCUUCGGAUAAAUUUUUAUCAAAAAAAUUGAUAAUACAUCCUUUCAAUAACUACGUCAUUUGGCCUGGGCGCCUUGCACUCAUGAAUCAUGAUCUGGGGCUCCAAGAGCAAAAAGUAUGUGUGACGUAAUAAUCGAAAGGGUGUAUUUACAGGUUACCCUGAAGAAUUUUGUUAAAAUUGAGGCAAACCCUAGGAAAACCUCAUCUCCAAUACCAUGCUGCUCAGAAUUAUUUCCUAUUUUAAACAACCCUUCGGAUGAAUUUUAUCCCAAAUUUUAAUAAUACACCCUUUCAGUAAUUACGUCAUUUGGCCUGGGAGCCUUGCACUCAUGAAUCGUGAUCUGGGGCUCCAAGAGCAAAAAGUAUGUGUGACGUAAUCAUCAAAAGGGUGUAUUUACAGGUUACCCAGACGAAUUUCGUUAAAAUUCAGGCGACCCCCCAGAAAAUCUCAUCCAUAGGGGUGUUAAACCUCAUCCAUAGGGGAUUCUAAUUGGCGCUUUUGGAUGCAUUUUUGACAGGCGUGUGAUAAGCAAGACUAUUAUGCGAAAAGUCAUGCUAUUUGUGUCCAGCUAGGUAAGUCCCGACUGAUAUACAGUAAUUCAAUUGAUGUAAUGGACCAUUUGCAUUAUAGACUAAAUUUUGAUAUAGACAAAAAUUUCAUCAUAGCUUGAAAGAGCAUUACAAAAUUAGUAAUAUUCCAAAGUUUCGUUGCGAAAUGUUGUAAAAUGCGGAUAAUAUAGCCUUGCGAAGUUAGCCGUUUUUCAGUCAUUUUGUAUUGCGCACGGGAAAUUGACAGCCCAAUCGGGUGUUGGGGCAUCAAUUUCCCGUUUGUAAUACAAAAUGACUGAAAAUUGCAAAUUUCGCAAGGCUAUAUUAUCCUCAUUUUACAACAUUUCGCAACGAAACUUUGGAAUAUUACUAAUUUUGUGAUGCUCUUUCAAGCUGUGACGAAAUUUUUGUCUAGAUCAAAAUUUAGUCUAUAAUGCAAAAUAUGGUCCAUUGUUUCCAUAUCGUUAUUUAUUACUUCUAUUAAUACUAACCACGGAAUUUUAACAUCGCAUUGCUGUCUGAAAACGGCCCAUAGUAAAUAGUAACACACAACCGAACCUGAUAACGCACUCCUGCUCGUGUUUUAAAUAGAAUACAUGGUGUUUUUAUUCUCAAUUUAGCCAUAUGUGACAAUGACUGGUUGGGUUUCAGAAGCUCUUGCUACAAAUUGGAGCCUGAGGAAACCACUUGUCGCAAGGCUAGGAAUAAAUGUGCGAAUGACGGAUCUAAGUUGGUGGAAAUAAAUGAUCUUCAAGAAGAAGAGUUUAUCAAUACUUCAUUCAAAGGGAAAUACCUGGUAAGAGUUAAUGUAUAAAACACUUGACUUGGCAUAAGAAACAUACUUACGUACUAGUUAAUACAAAAGGAAGCCGCCACAUUUGCAUGUAAAAUUGGUUGGGACUUUUCUUUUCCAAAGUUUGACAUGCAAUUUUGAAAGCCUGUCAAGUUUUCGGCAUUUUCGUUUAAUAUUACUUUAAAUUUUAAAACUAUUCCUACUUUUUUGCCACAGUUAAUAGAGUAGCCUAACUUUCCAUGCAUCUACUGUACAUGCAUCUUACGUGUAUUAAACGAGAAACAGUUGCAAAGAAGACACAUAUUUUCAUGCAACGAAAACGACGGCGAUGUUUGAAAUUGGAGAAAUUCAUGAAAAUUGUCUCAAAAUGUGAUUUGACAGAGCUGUACGGGAUUGCCGCGGUCCUCGUUUUGCCAAUCACUUUCGCCAAAAAUAUCGCGUACUAUUCAGUUCCGCGGUUAAAAUAAAUAUAAAAAAUAAUGUAAAAAUAGAUUUACAGCUUCUUGUAUUCGGUAUAAUCACAUACGAAGACUACGCGCAGAUUGGAAGUAUUACGCCCUGACCAUGACUAUAUAAGGCCCGUUUUAUACGUCGAAUUUUGGUCGCGUCGAAUGUAAUUAAGACAAUAGAUAAUGAGAUGAUAAACCUCAUUAAGCUUCAUUAUCUUUUGUUUGAAUUGCAUUCGACGAGACUGCAAUUCGACGUAUAAAAUAGGCCUUCCCUUCUCUGAUCAGCUUCUACCAGAUUCCGGUCAAUAAUAACACCGGAAGUGAGGCGCGAGCUGCUCGCGUCUGCUGGUCGCUUUGCAAGUCGUUCAGAAGAAUAGUUAAAGUUGCGCGUGUAUUUCACUCUUGGAACAAGCGUUCUAAAACGAAUAAAUGAAUAGGUAUGUGUACGACGAAAUCAAACUGCUUAAGCAACGUUUUCAUUUCUACAUCACGUUCUUAUUACAAAUCAAACCUUUCUCAGUUGGAAAAGCCUAAACCUGUGAGCAUACAAAUUGUAACGAAGGAAACGCGUCCUUAUUUAUUAUAGCAAGUUUGCAAAUUUGAAUGAAUUUAGUCGCGCGAUAAGCAUGCGCACAUGUAAUAGUCCACGGUUAACUUGGAGGUAAGAUCCUAUUGUGAGUCUUCGACAACCUUCUGAACAUUUGCAUCGGGUGAUUCAUUUAGUACGUACUCAACUAUAUGGCGGAAGGGGGAGUCCGAGAAGUUUGUGCGUAUACCUAUUGGUUAAAUAACGUCAUUUGUAAUGUUCUUUGCGUACAAGGCGAAGGGUAGGGGCUACAUUUUCCAAAAAUAUUUUCCGCGGUGUUAAAAAAACAAGAUAUCCUAAAGUACACAGAAGAUUUAUAUAAACAAGAUGUUUAACUUGGGGUUUAUCUUAUAGUUUUUAGGUACACUCUCUGUGAUCGUGUUGUUUCAAUUCUUGUAUAUUGUUUCGUUUUCGGGUGAUAAAAAAUUGGUAAAUCACCUUGUAAAUCUUGUAAAUCGAUAUACCUUGUAAAUCACCUUGUAAAUUUCACCUUUUAAAGCACUGUGGUGAAGAGCAAAGAGAUGUCUCUGGAAAAGGGAAUUUUAUUUGUGAGAAAAAAGGUAAAGGCAACGGGAAUGAAUAUUUAGGCUCCCUUUGGGUGUUAUAGGUUGACGCCCUGCUGUUUAUAUGAAUGCUGAGCCAUAUCCUAUCCUAAGCUAAUCUAACCUAUCCUAAUCUCUGACUCUAACUUAUAUUCCCACUUUGGGUGUGACAACAGUGACGGACAAAAGAUACAAACUAGAAAUACAUGCAUGCAGCAGCUCCUCACUGACAACCAAACAAUUACAUCUCCUGAAUAUUGUUUCAAACUAUCAGCAUGAAAUAUUGAACAUAUAUAACAUAAGAUAACAUAUUAAUUACGUAGUAUGCAAAACCAACUUUGUUUAUGCGAAACGUUAAUGUACAGUAUAUAUAUCUAGUUGUGCGUGCGAAUCGUAACUUUCUGCAUCGAUGGCUUCAUGUUGAUUAAUUAAUAAACAUGUAACUGUUAGCCUAUGACGCAAUAUAAUAAAUAUUAGAAUACUGCACGGCACUCAUUACGUUAGUUAAUACUUGAGACCAGGGACGUCACUACCGUGUGUGUGUGCGUGUGCGUGUGCGUGUGCGUGUGCGUGUGCGUGUGCGUGUGCGUGUGCGUGCGUGUGUGUGUGUGUGUGUGUGUGUGUGUGAGGGUAACACCCCAAUAAUUUAAAAAGUUGGUAAAAGUUGGUCAAAAUGGAAAAUAUUUGGUUAACGUUGGUCAAAGGUGCAGGUCAAACUUGGCAAGUCUGACAACAAAGUUGGUAAAUGUUAUGAAAUCGUUCUCAAUGUUAACAAUGUUGAUGCCUUCGCAAUUUCUCUGCUUGAGACAAGGUGAAGGAUUCAUAUAUAUAUAUAUAUAUAUAUAUAUAUAUAUAUAUAUAUAUAUAUAUAUAUAUAUAUAUAUAUAUAUAUAUAUAUAUAUAUAUAUAUAUAUAGCUACUUUUGAAAUUCCAGACAUUGGCGCGGUUACAAAAUCAGUACGGCGGUUAGGCUGAGACAGAGACAUAAGCCCCUUAAUCCCCUCCUGUAUGAUGUUGUAAGACUAAAAUUGACAUUUUAUCUGACGUAUAUAGUAAUGUACUACUGUUUUGUCUCCCCGCUCAUACAGCACAAUUGAAAGGGGGAGAGAGCGCUACAUGUUAAUUUGUGCAAUUAUUUACAAAAAAUAACUGUUCAGUCUAUAUAUCCCACCUUUAAAUGUUAUUGAUUGUAGUCACAAUUGCAUGCUAACCAAAAAUUAACUAGUUAGACCAUAACGAUUAUACAGGGUGUAUAAAAAAAGGUAAUCGAACUUCAGCGCGCUAUUGUAUCUGAAUUACUAUGCGUAUGAACGAGAUUUUUUCACAUUCGGAAAGAUCAUGCUUUUAGCUGUUGAAUGAUAUCUUCAUGCCAAAUGGAUAAGAAAUGAGCAAAUACGAAUCCGAUAAAAAAUGUUAGUCAGAAUAGCAUAUUUUCGCCGUUGAGAGUUGGGUCUAAAACCAUUGAAAUGAACCCCCUCUGGUACUUAAGUUGAUGAAUUUCACUUCAAUAAACGACGCACAUAUUCAUAAUUAUUAUUAAGUAGGGAUAAAUCUUAGCUAAGGGCAUGUUCAUAUGAGCCCAGUUAACCGAGCUGGCCCGCUUUGCCGAGCAGGCCCGCUUUGCUUUCACAUGAGGCGGGCCAGCCCGGCAAUCAUAUCUAUUCAUAGUAACGAUUUAGCUACGACACGUUCGUCAUUAAUUUCUUUUUCUUUUGUUAUGCAUUGUUUUAAUUAGGCACAGAGGUGAAAAUUUGCGAUUUUGACUAACAUUUUUUAUCUGCCUCGUACAUGCGUAUUUUUUCUCCUCUUGGUAUGAAAAGCCUGUCAUUCAAUAGCUAAAAGCCUGAUCUUUCCGGAUAUGAAAACCAAUUGUUCAUACGUCGAGUGAUUCACGUAUAAUAGCGCGCUGAAGUUCGAUUACCUUUUUUUUAUACACCCUGUAUGUAACCAAUUGCUUGUAGCAAAGUUACUCACAGAAAUGUACAUAAGUGUGUGUAAUCAGUGUGCUACCAUUUUCAGCUAAUUGUUCCAAUAAUUGGAAUCUUGCUAACAGCGGGCAAUGUUGGCGAGAAAUUGAUAAAGAUCUGAUGACGUGGCAGGCUGCUUAUGACUUUUGCUUGCUGAAGAAUAGUAGUCUUUUAAAUUCAAAUGAUGGUACAGUUAUUAACAAGACAUCACCUUCUUUGAAAGAUGGGAAGCGAUGUUGGACAAACAGUACUCAAAUUAACGAUCCAUUACAAGGCUUGUACUGCCUUGAUGGUGGACAAUUUAAUGCCAAUCAUAGACAAGGAUUAUAUGGAUACCUGACCUACGCUGGCGAAGAAGAGAGAUGUACUAUUAUUCGUGAGAGCCAGAAUGGCAUUUGGGAAGAUAUCCCUUGUAGUGCUGGUCACUCGUUUGUCUGCAAAAAUAGAGAACUUAAGAGCACGGUAUUUAUUGUCUACAUUUCUAAUUAUUUUAUUUUAUUUAUUUUAUCAGUUUUAGCUUUGCCAACUAGGGCAGGGUCACCACAACAGCAUAUGCUAAUUACUGUUGGCCCUUUUACCUAACCCACCCUGUUGAAGGAAACCGGAACCCGGGGAAACCUUUCGGCAGAGCGUUGACUUUUACUCUUUUCACACGAGGACUGGGUUCGAGUCGCAUUGAGAAAGUACUCACUGAGGCUUGAACCUGCGGCUCAAAGGUGAAAGGCAAGUGCGCUAACCACUUGGCCACCGAAGCCCCAAAUAUAGCAACCAAAUAUAGCAACCGAAUUAAGCCCCAUAAGGUAACUAAAAACAAACUAAGCUAAGCAACAGUAAUGAUAAUCCUAGCUUGCCACUAAUGAACACUGCAUGUGUGGACUAAUUCCGCACACGUACCGGGGAAUUACUCUGGACUGAGUGUAAAUCGCUAGCGCUUAUUCAAUAUUCACAACACGAAAGCCAGCAUUUUGUUGUAAUAUAAAAACAUAUUUCUUAUUUGCAUAUACUUCUAGCUUCUUCCAAAAAAUAUAAAAGAUUAGUAUGGUAAAGUGAAAAGAAUACCUCGGCUUUAAGGUCAUCGGUAAAGAUUGACCAAGGAUCAUCAUAAUUAUCAACAUUUUCACAAGAAUACAAACCUUACGUUCGUUGGGAGGAGUUGCCGGAGGGGGUUAAUGACUUUUGUUAUGUACGCUCUUUAAAAUGUUGAACGAUGCAUCCAUCUUUUUUCUUGAAGUUCAAUAGUUGCGAGUACGUUUUUGGAUUGGAUAAAGGGCAGAAAAAAGCGCACUCUCUGUACGCUUGUGAAAAUGUAUAUAAACGGCGAUCCCUAAAAAUAAAGUCCGCGAACAUACGUCUGGUCAAUUUCAAAUUGCCUUAUUUCGACUUGUCUCUCAUGAAGAAUUGUACUUCCGUGUUGCUUCAAUUCUUCUAAGAAUGAUCGUAAUUCGUUUGAGCAUGUGUAUUGUAAUGAAUUUGUUUCACUAAGGUUACCUGGAUGAAUUUCAGACGUCCGCGGACAAUACAAAUGUUUGACUGAGUCAUUAAAGCCUUAUUGGCUAUGAAUUUUUUAGAAGCCGUAAUAAUUUUAAUAAUUUGUGAAAGUAUACGGAGAUUCCUGCACUUCAUCAUAUCUGUCAUAUUCCUUACUAACUUCCUCCCUUUGUUUAAAUGCUAGACCAUGUUGAUGGCAUGCGUUCAUCCUCUUAUAUAUGUACAUGCUUUAAUCCAGCUGAGUAGAAAUGUUUAUUAAUUUCUACUCAUGGCCACGGCCUUUUACGUGUUAGUAAAACUACCUGUUGAGUCCAUGAAUCAUGGUUUGAAAAAACUACAAGCUGCUAAAACAUUCUUUAAAUAAAAUUGAAUUUCUUCCCUUAUUUAGAAUGAUCCUAAGAAAUCUAUAGAGGAGAAGGUAUACUCGUUUCAUUUCUAAUUGUGUACCAGUUUCCACUUUUAAACGACUUGAAAUUUAGCUCUAAAAUUUAAAUUUGAAUCGUUUGAUACUGGAUUUCCUUUGAUGGCGGUGAAAAACUGUUCUCUCGGCCAGCCGGUUUCUUUAUGUUUUUAUUACAAGAAUUGUUUAUGGAAAAUUUUUAAUAUAUUGCCUUGUUACGAUCAACCAAGGGCAACUUGCUUCACAAAAAUGAAAGGUUUUAAAUGAGAACUUGUUCAAGCCAACACAUUAAUAAGAAAUGUGACAAUAAAAUUUAAGCAUGACAAAGACGAAGCAUAUAGUACGUGAUUACGUGGCAGAAAACCACGGUCAACCGACAACUUAAUACAAAUGUAAGACAAAACAGAUCAGGGCAUUUUUAAGGAUUUUUGAGUGGGGAUUGGCAAAAAGGGACCACUCACCGGCGCAGCGAAUUAUAGGAAUGGAACUAAAUAUUUCUUCAAUUUUUGUCAAUUUUUUUAUAUACUAGUGAUUUUGAUAGGGGGUAUAUUUAACAUGGGAAGGACAACAUGAGGUAGGGGGAGCCUUGGCCCACCAUUCUAUGUUAAAUAAUGCCCUGAAACAGAUUGAUCAGUAAAUCCUUAUUAAUUAAUAUUUAAUAUUUGAACUAAGAUAUGGACAAGUUUUUGAAACUAAUUUUCCGACUUUUUUCAAAGCCAUUAUAAAACCUCUCUUUUUUAUUUAAUUAAUAUGCGUCUUUAGUGCCAUGCACAUGCCUCGUUUUUAUGUAAAUUAAUUUGCUUUCCUUACACAGGGCAAGAUACUGAAGGCUGUACAUAGACUUGUAGAUGUACCUUUCAAGGUAAUUAAGUAUUGAUAACUCUAAUAUAUAUAUAUAUAUAUAUAUAUGUACCGUCUGAAUAUCUAACACCAUUUUGGUUCGCUAUGCUUCUAAAUGAAUAUGAAAUAGAGUUAAUGUUCAGAAAAAUUCGAAACAUUCGAAAUUUGGGCAAUAUUUACAUUAGAGGGUCCUCACCGCAUUAUUAUGAGCAGAACCGAUGCGCAGAAACUUUAAAAACACAGGUAUUCGGUAUAUUUAAAACACGAGCAAGAGUGCUAGAUCGGCUGCUCAUGUUUUAUUUAGUACUUAAAAACUAGCUGACACAGUAUAUGAGUUCAUUGGCGAAUAAUUUUUAAAAGUCAACGUUGUCUGAGCCGAGAAAAUCGAAGCUAAAGCUUAUGUGAAUUAACAUUAUUUUUAUCACAUGCAAGUGAUUUCCUUUGUCUUUUCCUCAUGAAUUAUUAAUGAGUUUUUUAAAUUAUGAAAUAUAAUAAAUUCAAAUAGGCUAAGAGUAGUUUUAUUGAAAUACUGUGCCAAAAGGUGUAAUUGUAAUCAGUGCCAAGAAAUAAUUUAGUGCAAGUAACUCAGUAAACAAAAAAUAAUAGUUGAAUAAACACCUUUUAAUUUAAUUUUAAUUUGCCAUUGUUAUCUAUUCUACACUCAUUAAUAAUUCAUGAAGAAAAGUUAAAAGAAAUGAAUGUUUAAUCAAUGUUUGUAAAUUGGAUAAAGAUUUGUUCUGAUUUACAUAAACUUCAGCUUUGAUUUUCUCGGCUUAUAGACAAUGUUUAUUUUUAAAAUUACUUCGCAAUGAACUCAUAAGAUGGCUUGUUUUUAAGUACGUUAAAACAUUCGCAUCCGAUCUUUUUCUGAUAUAGAAACUCUCGCCUUCGGCUCGAGUUUGUAUAUCAGAUAAAGAUUGGCUGCUCAUGUAUAUCAGAAAAGGAUCCGGCUGUUUUGUGUUUUAACUAGUAAUUAUUUUUUAUACUGCUGCCAUUGUUUAUCUAUACCUAUUUCUGUCAUUGUUAUCUAUACCUUUUUUAGGUUGAAGAAAAGCUGUCUGAAAGAACCAAGGAAAUCAUUGGAAUUGUCAACUCAAGCAGCUUCAAAGGAUCACUUAAAAGCACAACACAAAACAGAACAGUAGGUAUGAAUCCCGUUUAAGUGCCUUGUAUAGUAAUGUCUCAACCCACAAAAGUAUCUGUGGUGCACGAGCUAGCUCUGCAGGGGUGUACAUAGAAAUGACUAGAAAUACAUGCAUACAACAAACAUAUUCCAUUCUGAGCCUAUGACUAAAACUAUAAUAUAAGUAAUUAUGUAGCUGGACACAGUCCAACUAUCAUACUGUAGUUGGGGAUGUGAAGAACAUGCAUGUAUAUUGUGUUUCUUGAUUUUCUAUAUUUCGAUCUUAGAUAUUUAGUAAAUUAAACAGUUUGAAAUGUUUAUAUUAAUUAAACGACGCGAUGGAGUUGGCGAUCAACUUUUAAUUGCACUAGCAUCCAAUCUCGGUUCAACACGUCAGCUCACUAUUAAUUAAAUUGCAAGCUUUUUAUGGAAAUAUAGGUUUAUUUAAAACAGUCACACAGUAAUGAAACGGGUAUUAAAGGUGUAUAAACACCAACAACCCCAUUUAAAACUACACUUUGUAAUGCUAUUUGGCCUAAUUGUUUUUUCCGUGUUUUAUGGCACAACCUUUGCCCUCAUGUCUGUUCAUGUAUUUUUAAUUUUUUUCAAAACAAAACCCGCUUCACCAUUUUUUUUUCUAAAACUAUAAACUUAUUACUCGUGUUUUUUAAAAUAUUGCCAAUAACAAUGCGCAUUAUCUUUUAGAUCAGUGGGAUGUCCAUCCACAAACAAUAGCCAUGUGCCCGCGAUCGUUCAUGACUUUUCACUCUGCCAGCUUUUAUAUUCCCGAUUGUAGAUAGCCGAGCAAAACUAGUGCCAUUUCUACGCGCUCUGCGCGUGCUUGCAUGGGGAAUAUUAACUUUGGGAUACAUUAAUUGGCUUAACUGGAGAACAGCCGUUUAAUAAUCUUUCUAUAAUAAUCUUCGGUGUUCGGAACAAACUGAAAUAAUGGAAAGUAUUUUUCUUCGGAAGAAGUUAAUUUUCUUUUCGAAAUGUUAUUAAAUUUCAUUCUUUUCCAAUUCCGUAGUGGAAGUGGAUACCGCUAACCUUGAUCGUUUACACGAGUGGAGAGAAAACAUAACGUCAAUACCGAACGUAACUCUUUGGAAGUUGUGUCAAAAUGAACUAGAUUGUAAGUAAUAGAUAAGGCGUGAUCGGUCGAUCUCUAUUUUAUGUACAGAUACGAGAUACACCGUGGAAACAUCUGCGCAUGCGUCAACAUGACUGAAAUCUGCCUUGCGAACGUAUAGUCUCUAUGCCUGUUUCGGAGGUUGUCGAAGACUCAAAAUGGUCACGAAAAGAGUGACGUCCAUGUGUGUCUUUCUGCAAAAUUGCAAGCUAAAUAAUGAAUGUGUCACCCUAAAAGUAGAAAUAGUUAUUGUUUAUAUACAAUGCAAUUAAGAAAUAUGAUGCGCACCUGUCAUACGAUGCACAUUAUUCUCAAUAACUUUUCGUCACAGAAGUGACGGGGGUUCAACUCUUAAAAAAAAUACAGUUAUCAAAGUGAGUCGAUUGUUCGUUUUAUGUAUUAGCCUUAUACUCCUGGCAACUUCAUUUGCCCAUAUACUUUACAUCGAAUUUUUUUCACCAUGGAAGCGCGCAAUACAUGCCCAUUCAAACAAGGGAUAUUUGUUUACUUUGCAUUUCUUUACAUACUUUAAAUGUUGGAGGACUUGUGAUUGAUUAGGACCUAGUCUACCCGUUUUCUGUAUUUUCUUGUUUGCUUCCUUAUCUCGAAUGAGCAAUUAGCCUUGUUUAUGUUUUAAAUAAUAAUAAGAUAUAAUUUAAAUUGUUCGCCAUCUUUUAGUUCGUGCGCAGUUCAUGCAACUGUUGUCGCUGAAGACGACGUUUUUAUCAGAGUUAUACUGACUUUGAUUAAAUAUAAAUUUUUUAAAUUUUUGUCAUGAUUUAUAAAUAUAUAUAUAUAUAUAUAUAUAUAUAUAUAUAUAUAUAUAUAUAUAUAUAUAUAUAUAUAUAUAUAUAUAUAUAUAUAUAUAUAUAUAUAUGUGAUUAUUAAUGCUAAUUACAUGAUUUUACUAAACUUAAAGGGAAAUGGCAAUAUAAAUUUUUAUUUUCUUAUUUGAAAGAACUUUUGAAACUGUUUAAUAACUUAUUUUACCGAUUUUCAUAACUUGCUUAGUUCUUGGAAUAUUUUUACUUGAAGUAAUGAGAUGUCCGCCAUCGUGGAUACAUUUUUGAUCUCAUUAACGGUAUAAAAGUAUUCUGCUGACCAAAUAUUGAUUGGUAGAUGUUUUACAGUCGUGGCAAUCGAAGUGAUCCGAAAAAUGUUGGCCAAUUCAUUUCCUAACUUGAAGGAACACCUCUGAACAAUUCCUCAACAAUUUGAUAAGUUCCUUAAAAAGUUCCUAACUUUCUGUUUCAUUGACCAAUCAGAUUGCUCAAACAUAAAAUAUAAAAUUUGAUUGGUCAAUGAAACAGGAAGUUAGGAACUUUUUAAGGAACUUAUCAAAUUGUUGAGGAAUUUUUCAGAGGUGUUCCUUCAAGUUAGGAAAUGAAUUGGUAAACAUUUUCCCGUAUGCUUCUAUUGGCACGACUGUAAAGGUUUCAAGUAAUUUUGGUAUUUCCAAAGGCAUACAGAGUAUAAUUUUGAGUGCAAAAUGAUUAGUGGUUGUCUAGAUAAAAAUAUUGCGUGACCUCUGUUGUGACGCAACAUGCAUGCAUAUCUACAGAAAUCCAAGAUGGCGGAGAAUUCAUUUCUUUCCAUUAAAAUAUUUGUAGUGGUAAGCAAGAUAUGAAAAAGCUCUGAAAGAGUUUUAUAUAUGGUUUUGUUGUAUAUAAACACGAGCAGCUUUGGUGCGUGUUGUGUUCCGAUAUGCAAACACCAACCGUAGGCCAGUGAUUGUAUAUUAGAUACAAUAUGGACGAAAAUGGUGUGUUGCGUGUAAAAUGUACGAAUCUAAUCAGUUAUGUUGUUAUGUUAUCAUCCAAAAAAGAGAAUUUAACUGAGAAAAUUCAAGAAAAAGUUUACGCAAAUCGGGAGAAUGCUUACAAGAACUCAUUUUUGAGCAUUCAUUUGUUUUGAUUGAUCGAUCAUUGAAUUUCAUAAAACUAGUAAUGAACAAAUUAACACUCUUGUUCAACAGCCCUUUUUAGUAUUUUGGUUUAUAAAUAAAUUUGUUCCCAAGCCCCAUGCACUCCAGAUUUAUUAAUUGUACCUUUGUCCAAUUAGUAUAGGAAAUUACACGGUUCGAUAAGUUAAGCACGCAAGCGUCGUUCUUGGCAACAUGGACACCAACGGGGGAACAAUGAUUCUUGUUUGAAAUCACCAUGGAUAAUAAAAUACAUGGAUAGGAAACUAGCUGACGUGACCUAAUGUUUUCAAUGGGAUGAUGGCGUUGAAACCUAGUUGCAAACCAAAUUCUCAAAAAUGGCAUGUUUAGCAAUAAUACAGCUAAACAUUUUAGUCAAACAGCAAAUAAGUAUAACUAGGUCAUUCUACGAUGAAAUCUCUAAGUAUUGCCAGUCAAUUUUAGCAAAUAUUUCAAGCACUAAACAGUGAAAAAUGCAUCGCAAAUUUCGUUAAAAUCGGCGACGCUAAUUUCGUAGCUACAAAUUUCGUAGCUAAAAAAAAUACAAAACAAAGACGAAAAUAUUUACUUUGAAUACUUUGUCGUGGCUUAGCUAGGCAUGUUUUUAAAACAAUUAGACCAGUUUAUGCUUCAAUAUUACUCUUUUAAAGCGGAAAAUAUGGCGAAACUACAAAAAAGCUGAGAACUUUGGCAAUAUACGCGUGACGUCACAGAUUGCAACUAGGUUUAUACUGUGACGUCAGAAUGUUUCCUAUCCAGUUAUUUUACAAUCCAUGAAAUCACAAAGACUGCCGUUCUUGAUUUCAAACAAGGGCGGAUGUCACCAUCGAUAACGGCUCGACUGACUUCCGGUUGGCAUCCGUGUUGUCAAAAGCGUCGCUUACUUAAUACAAUGUUUCUUGUCAUUCAAUAUCAGUGUAAAAUUGACUAUUAAUGGAUUCAAGGGAGCAACAGCAUUACCCGCUUUUGUAAUCAAUAUUUGGGCGUCCAAAAUUCCAGCAGGCUCUGUUAUAAUCGCCACAACUAUGCCGAUUAAUGUUUAAUCGGAAUAGUCUUUAGCCAAUCAGAAACGAGUACCUUGACUAAAACGACAUUAAUAAAAUAACUGUAUAGCUCUCCAGCCAUCAAAUUGCAGUAAUUUUGUUAUAAAUGAAAACAUGAAAAUCUGUGCAUGAUUGUUUAUAGGUGAGGUUAAAAGGAUUACAAUCCAAUUGAAGAAUAUCACGGUGGACUGCAGCGCUUUGUCGUACGUGUAUAUUUUGUAUAAUUUACGGAGACUAUUAAUCAUCACUAAGAAAAUGGAUGAGCAGUAGGUUUUCUAACCUAGCGCAGAGUUUUUCAAUUCAGCACAUGUGGACUAUUUUGAAAAAGAGAAUCCUCCCAAACUAAUCGGAUUUUUUUCAGUACCUACCAUGUUUUUCUCUUGUACUAUAUGUGUGCAGUUUGUUUCCUUUUUAGAUCGUAUAUAUUAAUUAUGAUUUAAAUUCCUUAAUACUGUAAUUACACGAACUAUAUAUUUAUCUUUGACAAAUAUUUUGCUUACCGCUUUUGGAAGGAAUCGUACGCGUUUUACUAACCACGUUUUAUUGCCUUACUUUUUUCAGCCAUUCGCCUUGUCUUGCGCGUGCCGACAUUAUAGUAUUGGAUUAUAUUGUUAAGGGGAAACUAAUAACGAAACUAGAGGAAAAUGAAAGAGUAUCUUUAAUAUUUUCUACAAAUUUGAAGAGCGUCACAAGAAAAGAGGUAAGCAGUGAUUAUAACAACCUUAAUCCUUGGUUAAAGCACAUCAACGUUGUGUUGUACGGAAAUUCACAUAGGAGGAACGAGUGUUUGAAUGACGUGUUUCAAAAUUGAAAUCUUAUUUAAUUUGACACUUUUUAGUCGCUUAAUGUUCGUCCAUAUAUUUAUAGUUAGCCACUUUUUCCAGAGUGUAGAUAUUACCGCUGUCUAGACCAACAGUUGUCACCUGUUUUGUAUAAUCGUGGCGAACAUGGUCAAUAGAGAUUGCAAGUGACGCCAUAGGAAAUAUUCUGAUGUAUUCAUUAUUUCAACUUCCACAUUUUUGGAUGGGAAGUGUUCAUAAUGUUAAAUAAAAGCAUGCACUUCCUGACUAGCCUUGCAAUUUUGCAGAUUUACUUCGGUACGUUGAGCUCCAGCCCAGUUGGUCGCUUUAAUUUAACAUGCUUAAUCUGAAUUCUGAAAGGACAAUUCUGGCGAAUUCUGACAGACGCUUUCUCUGGUGAAUUCAAACAGAUGCUAUACGUGAUAUUCUCGCGUGACUGCGAGACGUGAAUAAGGGCCAGGCAUCUGAUAAUGCUCUGUUUAUAUAUGCAUGAUCAUAAAUCCUUGUUCACUAUGAAGAAAAGGAAUGUUUGGUAUAAUCUUAUUUAAUGAGGCAAUUGUCCAAUAUACCAUCUCCUCGUCGAAUUUUAACCGUACUUUCGAACUAUUAAUAAAUACGUAAAAUUUCAAACGUUUUUGUUCACGAGAAGUCGUUUCAAUGUAAAAUUCUAGGACAUAAAUCCUCUCUCCUUUCAUGAGCCGCUCUAGUACGGUCUUAAUUUAUUUGCUCUUUCAUUGAUCUUUUAUAUCUGCAAAGCUUAGAUUUUUAUAUAGAGCGCUGAAUAAAGAGCGCUGUAUAUAGAGCGCUGAAUUAAGACGCCUCUGAAAAGGAGAAUGAUCCAUUCUAUUACAUAACGACUUUGACAAAACCAUGCGUUCUAAGACGGUUAUUAGAAAGUAUAUACACUGGGCAAAAGAAUUGUGAAAUCCAUGGUAUGAAUCAAUAGUGUAUCAAUUUUCUAUAUCCAUAGUAUGGGAAUUGCAAUUAGUAUAGAAGGAUUGGGUUUCCAUAUUAUUUCCAGCGAAGAUCCAUACUAUUUCCAUAAUAAAGAUUUGGAAAAGAAUUCCUGUGAGUCAAAGUAUUAGCUAUACUUUUGUCCUUUCCUUGUUUCAGGUAAAUUGCCUAUAUUUGGAUGGUGUUGAAUGUGAAGGAAUGGCUGUUGGUAAGAUUGAUGGUGGAAAUAUUGAAUGUUUGGCCGAUCAUUUAACAAGUUUUACAAUGGUGGUACUUGAUAAUGGCGCGAAG